GAGCCUUACAAGACGGACGUCAUUUGAGUCCAUUAUUAGGUAGUGACAGCAGCGUCUCCCCUAGUGUUCGUCCAUCGUGUGCUACUUAAUGAUAUUGUUUUUUUUUCAGGACAUUAUUAUGGCAUACAUUUUGGCUUUUACGGUGAUGGUAUGGUGGGCGUGUGUGCAGGGUGAUGAAUUGCCCGCAUGUGUGGCAGUGACACCAGCGCCAUAUUUCCAGAACCAGAUGUACGAGGGCCACUGGUACGAGGUUGGCAAAAUCCAGACGCCUGGAGGGGCGUCAUUCCAAGAGGGGUGUUGGUGCGAUGUGACCGACUUCACCUCCCCUGACCCCGGACUGGCUGACGGUGAGGUCACCUACACCUGUAGGAAGGAUGGACCCCAGGGCAAGGUCAAGAGUGCAUCAGCUGACCUGAUCUACAAAGGCACACCAGGUCAGUUCAAACAGCAGUUCCGGUUCCCCUUCGCCCCUCAACUCGACUACUCCAUCAUGUACAUAGACGAGAACACGACGAUGGAGUACGACUGUCACACGAACGUGCUGGGGAUCACCAACUACUGCAUCCACUUCAUGUCACGCCACCCCACCAUGUCUGAGAACACACUCACCAGCCUUAUUGACUAUGCAGAGAGUUUGGGCCUUAACAACCAAAACAUAACGUACAAGGGCACGAAACAGGAGGGCUGCUGGUAGUGCUACUGUUCCUGAUACUUGUGUGCUGCCUCCGGCUCCCUUAGUCUGAGCAUUACUAUGACUUCUCUCGAUACUAACACCUAACACUUAUGAACAACGAGACUUCUGCAAUGUAUUGUGUUUUAGGCCUUAAAGGAGAUGAUAAAA